GAUCAAUUCAUCUCUUCUUCUUAGUACUUCUCACCACACCAUUAGCAACGUCUUUGAUCAACCAGAAAGUGCUCAAAAUGCUUCCCUUACACCUUCGACUCGAAAAUCGCUACCAGGACCUAGCGGAAAUCCGUGAAUCUCUUUGGAACCUGAACGGCGAAGACCUCACUGAUGACAUGGCCAAAUUGCUCAGGAUCAACUUUCACCACUUGGAUAUUGAUACAGGUGCAACAUCUGAAUCCGUGACGCCUUACUUUCUCCCACGCAAAUCCUUCCCUAGCUGUCGUGACACAAGCGGAGAUCUUAAGGACGUACUGCUCGACGAGGGACAGAACCCGGAGAAUGGAAAGCUAGACAUCCCAACGUGCCUAACGCUUACACUUCAUAAUUAUGCCUGUGGGAUGAAUAGUGAGAGAGAGACACACAUUAGCUAUACGAAGGUUGUACCCUACGGGUGGGUAAAGGAGACAUCCCCUGAUCCAGAGCAUCUGGAACCGAGGCCCCGUCACUUUUACAAGCCCUGGCUUGGAUAUAGAUAUGCGCCUGACACUUCGGUCUAUCAAGAUGAGCUGAAACGCCGUAACUACAGAGCGCCGGUUCCGGGCAUGCCUUAUAAGAGGGUUCUCAGGCUCGGUGACCUUAUUCCAUCUUUCCUGUCUCUGAGUCAUGGCAUGACCGAAUAUGACGUUCACUUUUGCCAUGAUAAAUUGCCGUCAAUUAGUGAAGUGCUUGCAGCAGUGGAUGAAAUCCUACAUUCCAUGAGGUCGCAAAGAGAUGAACUUCAGAACAAGGAGUUUAAGCAAGGUUCCACGGCCUUCAAUCAUAUUUUACCGAGGCUGAUCCUACUGCGUGAUUCCCGGGGGCAUCGUCGCCUUCUUUAUGCGUACUUUGAUGGCAGUCGGCUAAAUGUUCAGUUCACCGAGCUCCUGCAUUUUGAGCAAUUUGCAGUCACGCCUCCACCCGGGACAGCCUACCGUGAUUUUAUCAACUUGUCCCUGUAUCAUGAUAUGAUUGAUCAAUUACUCAAGUGGGCAUGGCCAGUUGUGCAAGGAGAUACUAGUGAAUCAUGUUUGAGGAUAUAAGCCGGCGAAGACUUUGAAUCGAGAACCAUGUCUGGGUCAUAUCUUGAAUUGCUUUUAUUUCUUAUCUGAUGGUGCUGUAUGCUAGCUAUUGAGAGACUUUAAAAACUUUGGCUUCUACUGGAUAAUAUAACUUCAGCUG